CUGGGUCUCGUCUCGUCUCGUCAUAGUGGACACGACACGUCAGAGAUCACCACGCAUUUACACUCGUGCGCGCGCCUGAGUGUGUCCAGUCGGAGACCCUCUGCCCUACUUUUAAUGCCCGAUGCUGCUGCGAGAGGAGGAUGAGGAGGCAAAUCCCAGAAUGUCCUCGAGGAUGGAUGCAGCUGUUGUUGUAGUUCCGCUGGAUAGAGUUGCGCGGAUUGUGCAAAUCGAGUAAAUCGAUAGAUAGAUAGAUAGAUAGAUAGAUAGAUAGAUAGAUAGAUAGAUAGAUAGAUAGAUAGAUAGAUAGAUAGAUAGAUAGAUAGAUAGAUAGAUAGAUAGAUUUUAUUCAUCCCAUAGAUAAAUAUAUUUUAUUCAUCCCAUGAGGGACAUCGGAGGACACAUUUGGAAGGAAUUUUAAGCACCGGAGGAGAGAGAGGGGGUCCACUCUGUGCCGACCGGAGCAUGAUGGACCCCCUGGCCGACAGACGCGCACCUCAGGCGGAGCGCAGCAGCAGAGGAGCUGCCGGUGGGGAAUCAGCGGACGAUCAGGCACGAGGCUGCCGGAGAAACGCGGCGAUGAGCGGCAGCGAGAGUCUGGGCAGCUUCGCCGACAUGGAAGACUCGCUGGAGGAUAAACUCAAAGGUCUAGCGUUCAGGAAACAGAUCUCGUAUAGGAAAGCCAUCUCGCGGUCGGGCCUCCAGCAUUUGGGUCCAGCACAGAAUCCCUUCACUGCCCUGAGCAAUGGACCAGCCAAGGAACUCCGCAACACCGUGGACUGGAGCGAGAACGCAGUGAACGGUGAUCAUCUGUGGCUGGAGACGAACUGCUCCGGGGAUCUCUGCUACCUGGGCGAAGAGACGUGCUUGGUCAAGAUUGCAAAGUCGGCUCCCCGGAGGAAGUGUGCAGCCUGUAAGAUCGUGGUCCACACGGCGUGUAUUGAGGAGCUGGACAAGAUCAACUUCCGUUGCAAACCCACCUUCAGAGAGGGCGGCUCUCGAUGCCUUAGAGAUAAUGAACCCUUGUUGGCACGUUUACAUGUGACCCGUUGUGUCUGUUUGCGACAGCAGAACGCUUUGAGACAUCACUGGGUCCACCGUCGACGGCAAGAGGGGAAGUGUCGUCAGUGCGGCAAAAGUUUCCCGCAGAAGUUCUUCCACAGUAAGGAGAUCGUGGCCAUCAGCUGCUCCUGGUGCAAACUGGCAUUCCACAAUAAGGUCACGUGCUUCAUGCUCCAUCAGAUCGAGGAGCCCUGCUCACUGGGAGCUCACGCCGGGGUCAUCGUACCCCCUUCCUGGAUCAUCAAAGUCAGGAAACCGCAGAGCUCAUUUAAAAACUCCACUCGAAGGAAAAAACGGACGUCGUUCAAAAGAAGAGCCAGCAAAAAGGGCACGGAUGAAUCAAAAUGGCGUCCGUUCAUGCUGAAGCCGCUGCCCUCCCCGCUGAUGAAACCAGUGCUGGUGUUUGUCAACCCCAAGAGCGGCGGAAACCAGGGGACUAAGCUGCUGCAGAUGUUCAUGUGGAUCCUGAACCCUCGGCAGGUGUUUGAUUUGUCUCAGGGAGGGCCCAGAGAAGCGCUGGAACUAUACAGGAAAGUGCCAAAUCUUCGCAUCCUUGCCUGUGGAGGAGAUGGAACGGUGGGCUGGAUUCUCUCGGCCUUAGAUGAACUUCAGAUGAACCCACAACCUCCUGUAGCUGUGCUUCCUCUUGGUACAGGAAAUGACCUUGCCAGGACUCUGAACUGGGGAGGGGGUUACACCGACGAGUCGGUGUCUAAGGUGUUGUGUCACGUGGAGGACGGUACGGUGGUGCAGUUGGACCGCUGGAAUCUGCAGGUGGAGCGUUCGGCUUCCCAGCCGGAGGAGGGCACGCAGAAGCUUCCUCUUAACGUGUUCAAUAACUACUUCAGCCUCGGCUUUGAUGCCCACGUCACCCUGGAGUUCCACGAGUCUAGAGAAGCCAACCCCGAGAAAUUCAACAGUCGCUUCCGUAACAAGAUGUUCUAUGCAGGGGCGGCUUUCUCCGACUUUCUCCAGCGGAGCUCCAGGGAUCUGUCUAAGCAUGUCAGAGUGGUGUGUGAUGGUACGGAUCUCACACCCAAGAUCCAGGAACUGAAGUUUCAGUGCAUCGUCUUCUUGAAUAUUCCCAGGUACUGCGCUGGUACCAUGCCAUGGGGAAACACGGGCGACCACAGAGAUUUUGAGGCUCAGAGGCAUGACGACGGCUGCAUCGAGGUGAUCGGUUUCACCAUGGCCUCUCUGGCGGCGCUGCAGGUGGGCGGCCACGGCGAACGGCUGCAUCAGUGCAGAGAGGUCAUCCUCACCACCUUCAAGACGCUGCCCGUGCAGGUGGACGGAGAACCGUGUCGCCUCACGCCCUCGACCCUGCACAUAUCACUGAGGAACCAGGCCAACAUGGUGCAGAAGAGCAAGAGACGCACAUCUGUGCCGCUGCUCAAUGACAUUCAGAAAGUGUGCGCAGCCGACCUGCGCCGCCUCUCUGCUCCCCCCGACUCCUUCUCUGUCCCUCAUGCAGUCCCUGACCGUCUGCGACUGCGCGUGAACCGCAUCAUCCUGCAGGAAUACGAGAGCAUGCAGUUCGACAAGGAGCGUCUGCGUGACAUCUCUACUCCUGUUGGCAUCGUGGUGGUGAGAGGAGACUGUGACCUGGAAACCUGUCGACUGUACAUUGACAGGCUUCAGGAGGAUUUGCAUCAAGCGCCCUCUUCUGGUCACCGAGUGCACUACCAGGAUGAGAGCACAGGUUUGGCUUGGCCGAGUUUAGCACACAGACUUUCAGCAAACUGGAGCUUCCUAGACUCUACAUCAGCCGACCGCUUUUAUCGCAUAGACAAGGCUCAGGAGCAUCUUCACUUUGUGACUGAAAUAUGCCAGGAUGAGGUUUUCAUCCUGGACCACGAGGCCCCAGCGGUGAGCCAGGUCCGAGCUCCUGGAAUGCCAGAUGUGGUGGUGGAACCCAGUUCCAGUGUUCCCCUGACCUCAGAUGAACAAGCUCUAUUGUCAGCUGCUGUUAAAGGAGACCUGUCUGCGAUGCCGGGCUCCUGCGGCAGCGGGGUCAGUCUGUUGGUUCGGGACUCUAUGGGCUGCACCGCUCUACACUUGGCCGCCCAUCACGGUCACACGGAGGUUGUGAGUUUCAUUCUAGAACACGGGUCAAAGCUGAUGUUGGAUUUAACUGAGAAAGACACAGGUGACACUGCACUGCACAAAGCAGCAUCCCAGCAGCACCGUGAGGUAUGCAGACGUCUGCUGGAGGCUGGGGCUUCCCUUAGCAAAACAAACUUCCUGGGAAAAACUCCCAAGGAUUGUGCCCUGGAUACCGGGAACUUGGAGUUGGCGUCCCUCAUGGAGAGCCAGCCGGUAGAUGAGCCCGUGGCACACGAGGAUCUGGAGACGGCUGUAUGAACGGGCUCACACGCUUAGUGUUAGGAAGAAUUGUACCCACAGAAAGUGGCUGUCGGCACUCCUCCACGCGCCUGCUCACACUCGAACGAGAGAGCUUGAGGGGGGAAAGAGAAAGAGAGGUGUAUCGAGAGCGCCUCGGGUUGAGAAAGUCCUCUGCGAACAGGAAAAUGUCUAGCUGUUGUUUUUCCACUGAUGUCGCUGUGGUUUUUUUUUUAAUUGUAGGCUCUGACCUAGCAUUUAUUUAUUGCUCUUAUUUAUUAUAACUAUUUAUUCAAGGAUGGAUUGGGUUUUGCUGCGUCAACAGUUAGGUUUAGAGACACAAAAGACGUUUAAACAUGUUGUGUGCCAAAGACACACAGACAGGAAAAACAUCAUCCGCUCCUGAAGAGGGUCGUCAUUGGUUCAGAGUUUGUUUGCAGGAGGAUCUUCUUCCAGAGUGUUUUUACAGCGGACAAAAUAGCUCCAGAGAUGUUAAA